AUGGACAUCCAGAAGUGUGCAGCAGCCGCCACAGAGUUCACCUGUACCGCCAGCGGAAAAUUCCCGGAUCCGUACUCCUGCGAUGGGUACUACUACUGUGAGACUGUCGGUGGUCUUGGAGAUGCCUACAAAUGUCCAACCGGAUACAACUACAACAGCAAGGUUCAACUAUGUCAAAGAGCUUUCGGUGCCUUUGGUGGGUGCCAACCGGUCAACUGCACCGGCGUAACAGCCAUCUUUACCCAGUAUCCGGGAAAUCCGCAGUACUUCUUCUAUUGUAAGCAAGGAGCGGACGAAACAAUUCCAAAAGAACCGAUCAUGUUUUCGUGCGGCGAUGGUGCCUCGUUCGAUGUUAAGGAAAACAAGUGCAUCUACAAGUGUCCUCGCGAGGGACUGUUCAAGAAGGAAGGCAGUCCGGCGUCGUACUAUCAGUGUUACUUCACCGGCGGAAGACUUGUGGCUAAGGAGAAGAAAUGUCCCGGUGAAGGUCAGGUGUUUGACGAAACGAAGAAGACUUGCUUGAAGAGUACGACGUCAAUGUCGUUUAGAAAACAAGUUUUUAGUGGAUAA